AAAGAUUCAAUCUUUAUUACUUUUUAAACUUCUAAUCUAUGGUUCUGCAGGUGGGGUUGUGUUUGAUUUUGAUUAUUAUGUGUUUUCACCUUUCUUUUGUUUAAAACAAAAUUAAUGAUAAAUUUAUGGAUAAUGUUGUUUUGAUGCAAUUUUUAGUUAAAAACAAAACAAUUUGUGUGAGUAAUUCAUAUGAAGCUUCCUUUUGUUUGUGAAUCUUUAUGUUUCUUGUUUGUGUGAUCCCCUCCAUGUUUGGAAUAAAUUACCUUUUAACCCUUUUUGUAAGGUAGUCUAAUUUUCUUUUUAUAGCCUUGAUUCUGUCUUUUCUGUUCCUUGUAUCAAGGUAUUCUGUUCCUGGAAUUCUGUUUUUUUGUGGUACCUGGCAAAAUCUUCAUGUCCAUUUAUGCUUUCGGUUUCGGUUACGGUUCUUGUUUUGUUUUCUUUACAAACUAUUAGUGCUAUAUGAUUGUCUGAUUGGAAAAUGAAUGGAUGUAUGUUGUUAGCCAGAUCAAGAUACUCGUGAAGGCACCGUGUUGAGUAGGGAUUUGAAUUGAAACACGGUUCCUAGGCCUACGGGGGUGCCAGAUUUACGGUUCUAUGAUCAUGUUCUUGUUAUAUGAGUACAUGGUGAAGGAUUCUAGUGAGGGAUAAGCAGCUACGAUACAUGGAGAAUUCGCGUGAGUUUCUAAGCAAUGGAAAACCAGCUGAUCCUAGUCUUCAAAUUAUAAGGCACCCCUCUUACCAAUCUUGUGGGAAAUUAUCGUUAUCUUGGUUUGAUAUUAGAGUUUUUUACAUCAGAAUCAGCAAUUUUAUGGUUGAUGAUUCAACCCCAGAAAGUCUUACGCUUAACCAUAUCCCUCUAAGCCCCGAUACACUGCUUGAAGUAAAUGGUAAAAGAUGUUCUGUGUACUCAGAAGGAGCCUCUUGCUUUCUUCGAAGGGACCGUGUUGAUAAGAAAGCUGAAGAAGCUACAUUUGUGAGCACAGAUAGUAUAAGAUUGACUGGGAGUGUGAAUUUUGAGGUUUCGUAUAAAGAUGAUCUUUUUCUCUCUGGGACUUUGGAGAUGGCCAACAUCAAUGAUUCUCAAAACUGUCUUAGGAGAUGGAGCAUGAACUGUGAAUCAGUUAUGAGUGCUGGCAUGGGAUUUCUGAAGGGAAAACACAUUGUGGGUUCUGAAUCAUUGUCACCGACAAUUGAAGUCUAUGUUACCGGUUGCUUCGCUGGUACACCUAUCAUCUUAACUAAGACUUUGCAGCUAAAUCACAGGAAGAAGCACCAAAGAAAGGGUAUGUUAGACUCCAUUCCGGAGCAUGACACAUCUGAACAGCAUAAAGAAGUCUCAUCUGGACAUGAUCUGCAGGUAACAGAAUACAACAGAAACUACAAACCAGAAAGCGAAGAAGACUACAACAGCAUGUACUGGGGACGAACAGAACUUAUGGAUGGUGAAGACGGAGAAAUGUCCUGGUUCAAUGCUGGGGUCCGAGUUGGUGUUGGGAUUGGCCUUGGCAUUUGUGUAGGAGUUGGAGUAGGAGUUGGUUUAUUAGUCCGUACUACACGAAACUUAAGAAGGCGCCUUAUGUAAUUGCAUAGUAUACAUAUAAAGGCUAACAAAAGAGAGAUACUUGUUUUAAGAAUAUAUUCUACUUUUUAGACAUUUUCGACGUUGCUAACCAUUUUCUUUUUCAUGUGUAAUCUGUUUGCUGCAUUUUGGUGCUGAGGAGUGCAACAGUUGCUAAAGCUGUAUGGACAUGUUUUUAGGUAUUAUUGUAUCAUGUUGAGCUUGUUAUUUAAUGUGUAAAUAUUUAUUUUGACAAAAAAUAGGACGGAUUUUCAUAUGAGAACCUUAUAGCCUGGUAUUUGUGCCUUUUAAGCAAUGAUAAUAUAUGGGGUGUUCAUUUAA